CUCCUACUUUUCUCUUGUUUUCUUCCUCCACCUCCUUGCUGCAACUAAUUUCCAUUCAUGUGAGAGAUAACACAUGCUUUUGGUGGCUUGGCAUAUGCACAGUGAUGAAUGGACGUUGAAAGCAUGUGUUCCUGGUUUUCAUAUUCUCUAUAUUUCAUUCAUGAGUAACGAUUGGUUGAAGAGAGAAGGUGCAAGGAUGUAGGGAUUGAGGAGGCCACUAAUAUGCACUCUUAGGAUAUUCAAGAAACCAGGAAUCACCAUCAAAAUGGAUCACAGAACCCUGAAAGUCACAAGCUUGCAGGAUUAAUGAGCUUCCAGUUCUUUCUACUUCAACCUUACUCUGUCUGCUUUCCAAUAUCUUAUGAAUCUUCAGAUUGCAGGUUCAGUGGAUUUCCUACUCCCGUCUCCUUUUCUCAACCAGUUCCCACUUGUGUCAGAUAUAUCAUAUGGAUGUGGUAGCUGGGUUGAGGGAUUUGUUGAGACCAUUGAUCUUGAAAAUGACACCCCAUGAGUUGCAGGAUAUUGGGAUCUACCCAAGAGAUGAUUUCUGAUAAUCUAGAAUCUCAGGCUUUCUGCUUCCAUGCUGACAAAGAGUUAUUGCGUCAACCACGAAUUGUUCGUGUUGGUCUUAUUCAGAACUCUAUUGCCCUUCCAACUACUGCCCACUUUGCAGACCAGAAGAAAGCAAUCAUGCAGAAAGUGAAACCCAUUAUUGAUGCAGCUGGUGCUUCUGGUGUCAACGUUUUAUGCUUGCAAGAGGCUUGGAUGAUGCCGUUUGCCUUCUGCACCCGUGAGAAGAGAUGGUGUGAAUUUGCAGAGCCUAUUGAUGGAGAGUCAACUCAAUUUCUUCAGGACCUUGCACGGAAGUAUAACAUGGUAAUCGUGAAUCCAAUUCUUGAAAGGGAUGUAAACCAUGGAGAAAUAAUGUGGAAUACUGCUGUCAUAAUUGGAAAUCAUGGUAACAUAAUUGGCAUCCAUCGCAAGAAUCACAUUCCUAGGGUUGGGGAUUUCAAUGAGAGCACAUACUAUAUGGAAGGAAAUACUGGGCAUCCUGUGUUUGAAACUGCUUACGGGAAGAUUGCAGUAAACAUUUGUUAUGGAAGGCACCAUCCUUUGAAUUGGUUAGCAUUUGGACUCAAUGGAGCUGAGAUAGUUUUCAACCCUUCUGCUACCGUUGGAGAACUAAGUGAACCGAUGUGGCCUAUCGAGUCUCGGAAUGCUGCAAUCGCAAAUAGUUAUUUUGUUGGGUCAAUCAAUCGUGUUGGGACUGAAGUGUUUCCAAAUCCAUUCACUUCUGGUGAUGGAAAACCCCAACAUUCUGAUUUUGGGCAUUUUUAUGGCUCUAGCCAUUUUUCUGCUCCUGAUGCAUCUUGCACCCCAUCCCUCUCACGCUACAGGGAUGGCUUAAUGAUUUCAGACAUGGAUCUCAACCUCUGUCGGCAGAUCAAGGAUAAAUGGGGUUUCAGAAUGACAGCUCGUUACGAAUUAUAUGCAGCAAUGCUUUCUGAGUACUUGAAACGAGACUUUUCUCCCCAGGUUAUUGUUGACCCCAUGCUGCACAAGAGACCAUGAAGUCUGGUUGUAGAUAAAGGUGUUGUGAUAUAUAUGGUCGUAGAUGAAAUACUACAUAGUUAGAAUUUGAAUGUUCUCGCAAGCAGAUAAUGUGAUUCUCUCUUAUCAGCAUGCAGACAAAUAACUUUACCUUGCCACUGCAGUUUGAUGACCAACAUGUGGUGUUCUAAAUUCUAAUUGUUGGAUCUGCUUUAUGAUUGUUAUUAUUUUUAAUGGUCCAAUGUGAGCUUGUUUUAUACUGUAGUAUAACUAAAA